AUGGCCCUCAUUUUUGACAAAGUGCUUCUCUUCGGAGACUCAAUCACCGAGGCGGCCUAUGACCCAGAGUCCAGUUUUGGGUUUGGGUCAGCAGUGCAACAUGUUUAUGCCCGGAAAAUGGAUGUGGUACAGCGCGGCUUCAGCGGCUACAACUCUGACCAUGCGCGGGAAAUCCUCCCUCACUUAAUGAAACAAGAGAAUGCCGGAGAUGCUAAAGUCAAGCUGAUGAUUGUCUUCUUUGGGACGAAUGACUCCAUAGCUCCCGAGUCAAAAAAUCACGUCCCCAUCCCAAGAUACAAGGAGAACAUGCGGCAAAUCGUACAGACUGCGCAGGGUGUUGGAGCUAGAGUUGUUAUCGUCGCCCCCGGCCCCUUCAAUUACCACCAGUUCAGAUCGGUGGUGGAGGCCAGCUGGCUUUGUGACCGUGACACCCGAUGGGCUCGUGGCCACUGCGAUGCCGCUAUCGAGCUCGGAAAGGAACUGAAUGUCCCUGUAGUCCCGCUGUGGUAUCUCAUCAUGGCCGACGCCGGCUGGAAGGAAGGAGAUCCUCUCUAUGGCCUUGAGGAGCUUCCAGCGGAGAACCCCCUUACCCCUUAUUUUAAUGAUGGACUUCACUUUCUUGGGAAAGCGUACAAGAUCAAAUUCAUUCAUGUGAUGAAAGCCAUAAAGAACAGUUACCCAGAGCUAGAUCCUGAUCAGCUUCAGCACAAGCUGCCGCUUUGUGAUGAUACUAUGACACUUGAUUCGCUAAAAGCCGCCCUGGGAAGCUAG